AUGUUUUUUUGACAAAGUGGUUGUUGCCUUACAAGUCAAUAUUGCAUACUCUUACUGAAAUGCACAGUAUAUAAUCUUUACAGCUUGUGCAUCAGAAAAUAAUAUGAGCAAUAAAAACUGUCAUUUAAGUCACCUUUACAUUUUUGUUUUUAAGUUGGUUCCUUUCCUCCGUACAUCACAGGUCUUACUAGAUCUAGCGCGAAUUAUCUUCGAGGAGCAGAGUACAAUAGAACAGAUGGUGUAUCGCAUCAUGACACACACACAGAGCCUUCUGCAGUGUGAACGGGUCCAGAUUCUUCUGGUACAUGAAGCUUCUCAGGGAACUUUCUCACGGGUAUUCGACCUGGAAGUGAAGGACCUACAAGGUGAUGAUGCAGAGAACCGCACUAGUCCCUUUGAGUCAAGAUUCCCCAUCAACAUCGGAAUCACUGGUCAUGUUGCCACAACAGGAGAGACUGUAUGCAUCGCCGAUGCGUAUCAAGAUGCCAAAUUUGAUCCCUCAGUGGAUGAGAACACAGGAUUCCGUCACCGAUCUGUUCUGUGUAUGCCAAUUAAAAACACUGCAGGGAAAACUGUCGGUGUUGUGCAACUAAUCAACAAGUUUGAUAAUCUUCCUUUCACUCGAAAUGAUGAAAACUUCCUUGAAGCAUUCGCCAUCUUUUGUGGUAUGGGUAUUCACAACACAGACAUGUAUGAAAAGGCUAUUACAGCAAUGGCUAAGCAGAAAGUCACACUAGAAGUUCUUAGCUAUCAUGCGACUGCUCCCAGAGAAGAUGCUCUCAGGCUAAUGAAAUUGAAAAUCCCUUCAGCACAAGCUUUUAAGCUGUAUGACUUCAAGUUUGAUGACUUCAGCCUUGAUGAUGAUGGAAGCCUGAAGGCUUGUUUGAGAAUGUUUCUGGACCUGGAUUUGAUUGGAAGGUUUCACAUAGAGUAUGAGGUUCUGUGCCGGUGGUUGCUAAGUGUCAAGAAGAACUAUCGUAACGUAACCUACCACAACUGGCGGCAUGCUUUCAAUGUUGCCCAAAUGAUGUUUGCAAUCAUCACGACUACACAGUGGUGGAAGAUUUUGGGUGAACUGGAAUGCUUGGCACUCUUGGUGGCUUGUCUGUGUCAUGACCUUGACCACCGAGGCACAAACAAUUCCUUCCAGAUCAAAGCAUCAUCACCUCUUGCGCAGCUGUACACAACUUCAACAAUGGAACACCACCAUUUUGAUCAGAGUGUUAUGAUCCUCAACUCUGCGGGUAAUCAGAUCCUCAGCAACUGUACACCUGAUGAAUAUUCACGGGUAAUAAGUGUCCUAGAAGAUGCCAUUCUUGCUACUGAUUUGGCAGUAUAUUUCAGAAAGCGUGGGGGCUUUUUUGCUAUGGUAAAAGGCAAAGAAUAUGAUUUCAAGAAGGAGGAAAACAGAGUCCAGCUGCGGGGCAUGAUGAUGACUAUUUGUGACAUCGCUGCUAUUACAAAGCCAUGGGUUACACAAAAGCAGGUGGCAGAACUUGUUGCUGGAGAGUUCUUUGAACAAGGUGACAUUGAAAAAGAAGAACUAAAGAUUACUCCAAUUGACAUGAUGAACCGUGAGAAAAAAGACAAACUCCCUAUGAUGCAAGUUCUCUUUAUUGACUCAAUUUGUUUGCCAGUUUACGAGAUCUUUGCCGAACUGACUCCUGAACUGAAACCCUUGUUAGAAGGAGUUCUGGAAAACAGGAAGAACUGGCAAAUGCUUGCAAAUGAAACAAUGAACAAGGACAGAUCUUCAAUCAACAACAACAAUAACAAAAAUAAUAAUAACAAUAGCAGUGAUGCCAAUACAGCUGUUGAGAAUGCUCAUUCCAUUUAAACAACAGUGAUGCUAGCACAUGUGUUAGGAACACAACUUCUUGCUAAUCAAUAUCAAUGAGAAGGAAAUUCAUUUGAAUCUAAAACUCUGCAAUAAUCCUUCCAAGUGAAAGAAGAAGAAGACAUAAAAACAGUUAAGAGGGCAAUUACAAGUUAAUAUUAUCCAAGCUGUGGGAGUGAAACCGACUCGAAACAAGUUUCACAUAUUUUGUUUAAAAACUGAGUAUGAUUGUUGGAACCCCACUUCAGUGUUCAAAGCCUCAUUUUAGGUACUAAAGCUGAGAAAAUGUACCUGGUGAUUAUGUGAUGUUAUCAUAACUAUUCAGAUGUGAUUUGCUAGAAAUACUUUAUUAAUUGGAUGAUUUCUGUGCAAGGAAGCAGUUGUGUUCAUUAUAACUAUUCAUUGAAAUAGUUGAUCUGCAUUAUAUUGUUUUCAGGAAAUGUGUUCUAGGUAAUAUGUGAAAUACUGUAGUAAUUUUUAUACUGUACGGUAACUGUAUACAUCCUCUUAGAGGUGCUGAAAGAAAUGGACUUUUAAUACAGUGUAAGUCACUACAUAAAGCUCCAUACUUAUAGUGUGUGCUGUUGCCCAAAACAGUACUUAAAAAUUAUAUAAACACAAUGGUGAACCUUAUAUAAAAAAAAAAUGGUGCAAAGGAAAAAAAUCUUCUGAAGACUUAAUACUGGCUUCCUCAGAGGUUAGAGAAGUUUAGAGGUAAAUGAAAAAAAAUUACAGUGCAAAAGUAUGCUAUGAAAAAAGUGAAUGUAAAAUUCAAAGACAUUGUAUUUCUGUAUUAAUGUUUUAUCAGUCCUGAAUAUUUAUUUGUAAUAUAUUCCAAUCUGUUCUCUGGAUACAUUUGAGUUGUACGUAUUGUGGCAAUAUAUAUUACCACAAUAAAGUAAUAUUAGUAUAAACAAAUCUCAUUAUGUACAUAUACAGUACGUGUUGAAUGGUCUGUGUUGAGGGCUACACUUUAUCUUAACUUUCUUAACCAAGAAAUAUAUAUAUAUACUUGUAUAUUGACAAGUUUUUCUCUUUUUCAGACAAAUUUAUUCUCAGAAAUUCAUUCUCACCAAUUUUGAGAAAAAAUUGGAGGGAGAAUUUCUGAACUGAAAUUUGGAUUAUUUUCUUAUUCUAAAUUUUAUGAAUAUGAGAAAAUAUAACUUAUUAUUAACUAUAUUUUCUCUUAUACAGAACAAAACUUUGCUAGAGAAAAAUGUCCAAAAUUUAUUUUAGGAUUUUUUCUUAUUUGUAAGUUUCUGAAUAGGAGUAAUGCAAAUUAAUUUUUCAAAAAAAGUGAACUAAUUUAAAAAAUUGUAAGUUUUAUUUUUUUAAUUAAAUUGACAUACAUGUAUUUUCACAUUUUGAAAAAUCGGAACACAAGAGAUAUUGUUGUAUUGCAGUAAUACUUAUUACCAUAAUACAUACAAAAUAAAUGUUUUCUGACAAAGAAGGGCUACGUAUACAGGGUUAGAAAUUUAGUUUAAUUUAUGGACUUGUGAUUUUAAAGUUUGCCAAGAGCCAUAUUAGAUUUUUUUUUUAUAUACAGUAGUGUCUUGGCAGACUAUGCACAGUAAUACAUGGUCUAGAGUUUGCACAAAUAUUACAACUAGCAGGAUUCUGUUUCACCCAACUCUUCAAAUAUUGGCUGAGGGGAGGAACAAAUCAUAAUACCUUGCUACACUCUGUAUGACCCUUACGGGUUUAGCGCAUUUUUUAAAUAUAUUAAUACUACAGAACACGUGUAUAUGUGAGAAACACAGAGAUAAAAAAUGAACUUUAAAUUUGGUGAUGUAGUUCCUCAAAGAGUCCCAGUUUAUUAUUGAAU